CUAUACUCUAUGUUCCUUUCACUUGUGCACGACUACACGUUCUCAGAACCGGUUUUUGCCAGAACGCGGAUAUAAACUUUAUCGUCGUACCCGGUGGAAUUUAUGACAGCACCCUGUGGACUCCAGCACUUCUCGUUCAUCAUCUAUUAUCAUCUCAGUCGUCGAGACUGACAAGACAAAUCGAUAUGCGUCAAGCACGAGAUGUUAUUCGCGAAGAAUGCGAAGUCCUAAAGAUGACCGACAAACAAAUCAAAGAAAUAAUGUGCAGGCUUCAUAACGAUUUGAAGAAAGGGCUUAGCCGCGCUGAUCAUGACAAAGCUACAGUAAAGUGCUGGAUCACAUACAUACAAGAUUUACCCAACGGAAAAGAGAGAGGUAAAUUUUUGGCAUUAGAUUUAGGUGGAACGAAUUUCAGAGUUUUAAUAAUAAAUUUAGGGGAAAACCAUUUUGAUAUGCAGUCCAAAAUCUAUGCCAUACCAAAACAUAUAAUGACUGGCACCGGCAUUGCUCUAUUUGACCACAUAGCCGAAUGUUUAGCAAAUUUUAUGAAGGAGCACGGAGUUUAUGAAGAAAGAUUGGCACUUGGAUUUACAUUCAGUUUUCCACUAAAACAACUGGGUCUUACAAAAGGCGUAUUACAAAGAUGGACUAAAGGUUUCUCUUGUUCCGGUGUGGUCGGCGAAGAUGUUGUACAGGGCCUUAAAGAUGCUAUCGCCAGAAGAGGGGAUGUACAGAUUGACAUAUGCGCUAUUCUGAAUGAUACAACGGGUACAUUGAUGUCCUGCGCAUGGAAAAACCACAACUGCAAAAUAGGACUCAUCGUUGGUACUGGCAGCAACGCUUGUUACGUUGAGAAGACAGCGAAUUGCGAGCUGUUCGAUGGCGAACCUGAGAAAGAGGAACUGCUCAUUAAUACCGAGUGGGGGGCGUUUGGGGAUGACGGCAGCCUCGACUUCGUACGAACCGAGUUCGAUAGAGAAGUAGACGUCACAUCCAUAAACCCUGGCAAACAAAUUCAAGAGAAGAUGAUUUCUGGCAUGUACCUGGGUGAAUUGGUGCGGCUGGCGCUCGUCAAAUUCACUCGAAUGGGCUUGCUGUUCGGGGGUCAAGGUUCGGAUCUUCUGUUCGAAGGGGGCAGCUUCUAUACCAAAUACGUGUCUGAAAUUGAAUCCGAUAAACCCGGAGACUUCACCAGCUGCAUGGAGGUCUUGGAAGAACUUGGUUUGUCUCACGCGUCUGACGCGGACAUGGCGGCGGUGCGCUACGUGUGCGAGUGCGUGUCGCGGCGGGCGGCGCACCUCGUGUCGGCCGGCAUCGCGACGCUCCUCAACAAGAUGAACGAGCCGAGGGUCACCGUGGGAAUCGACGGCUCCGUAUACCGCUUCCAUCCGCACUUCCACACGCUAAUGUGUGAGAAGAUCGCUCAACUUGUCCGACCCGGACUACAGUUCGAUCUCAUGUUAUCCGAGGACGGCAGCGGGCGUGGCGCAGCCCUAGUGGCAGCGGUGGCGUGCCGGGAAGCGGAACAAGGGUCGUAGAUAAGUUCAAAAAACUGAACACCGAACGAUCUCUGCGCCCGUGUUCGAGGCGAUGCAGCCUGAAGCCUUUCCACUAGUUUAUAGCGUAUUUUCAUAAACAUAAAACACGUUCACGUUCAUUUUAGGCCAACAUUAUUAUUACCUAUAAUUUGAAGAACGCCAUAACCCCAAUUAAUUAUGCCUUAACACUGUUUUCAAGCCUGCUCGAAUUAAACAUGCAUCAAAAUGUUCACUACAUUGUAUGGAUUAGUGUUUUUUCCGACUUUACACAAUUUAUAGUGCAAUAAUUAUAUUUACCAACACGUUACAUAAUUCAAGCAAUUUUUUUCCAAACUUUCGUAAUAGAGGAUAAGUAUUUUUUUUUAAACUGAUUCUUCGGUUCUUGAAAGCGAUCGCCCAGUUCAAAUACUUUAAGCAUUUUCCUUUACCUUGUACUUAAUGAAAGUGUAUUGAAAAAGGCCAUUUCUUUUAGACUGAUGGAAGAUGUUACUUGAAAAAAAUUCAAUGAUUCUAGUACUGGUACGGCGCUUGAGUGAGACAACAUAGAUGUAAAGAAUAACGAAGGCUUGAGGCUGUUUUAGGGUACUAGGAGUACUGUAGUGUUGAAGGUACUGUGUGCUGUAUCGACGGUUCUGUUGUCGCUCUCUGUCCGCGAGCCAGGCCUCGUCUCUCCUCGGUUUGGUUGCACCAAACACUUUAAAAAAACGGUACACGUGCCACGUGGUGCACGUGAAAGAAGUGAAACUUCUUUUUCGAUGAGUAGUAUUGUGGUUUUCUUAAUUU